AACCAAGGCAGAUGAGGCGCCGCUUCGCUCCCUGAGGAGAAACCCCAGAAGGGCCGCUGAGAGGGAGUCCCCACCUGCCGGCUCCAUGAAGUCCCGAUCCAACCCGCCCUCGCCCCGACCGGGCACCUCGGCCACGAGGCGAUGGAACUGGAAAAGUUUCUUCAGAGGCGGCUCGAAAACGGCGAGCUCGGCGACCCCCGCCACCGACCAACAGCCCGCGGGUCGCCUCGGGCCGGCGUGGGCGAGGAUGCGGGACAGCAGCAAAGAGUUCUGCACCUCCGUCAAGGGCCUCCUGAAGUUCUUGAGUCUGGUUUUGCUCGUGUUGGCGCUAGCCUUUUUUAUCACCUCAAAAGCCCACGAGUCGUACAUAGCAGUCACAGUGUUGGAGCUGUGCAUCAACCUUUUUUUCAUUGUAGUUUAUAUGCUAGGACUUGACAAGCUGAUAACAUCUUUAUUUUGGCCUUUACUGGAUGGUAUCAAUUCUGUGGUUACAGCACUGUUCCUUUUGGUUGUGGGCGUGUUGGCAGUGCUCAAAGUAGAAACCAUAUCUGCAGCGGUCUUUUGUCUUCUGGCAACAGUUGUUUCCAUUGCAGAUGCUGUACUUAUUUUCAUGAAGCUUAAACUUAAUCCAAGUGGAUCUGCUGCAAAAUAAGUUAUCAUUUUACCACAGUUCAGUUCAUUUGGGGUUCCUGAAGUUCAGGGCAUGUGCCCUAGCACAUUUCUGUUUUCCAAGUGUUCUUCUAAAGAGUUCAACUUUUCAUCUAAACACCAGAUGUUAUUUAUAUCUGUGAAAAGCAUUUCAAUUAAACCAUUCAAAUUAGAUUUAAGUUUUAAAACUAAAAUGGAUUCCAAUGUUACUUUAGAGGAAUUUAAUAAACAACUGGCUUUGAUUUGUGCUGAACAGA